AUGGGGAGCGGCCUGUCUGGGGAGCAUGACGACACGCCCACAGCAGCCACGAAAAAGAUCGCGGCCUCAGCGCUACAAGGAGCUGUGACAAAGGCCCAAUCAGAGCAGGCCAUGAUCACGGCUUUCAAGUCCUUCGAUUCAGAUGGAAACGGCACAAUCAGCAAGAAAGAGUUUGCUGCGGUACUGUCAAAGCUGAACAUGAAGAUGACAGCGCGGCAGAUAGACUUGCUUUUUGAUACUGUCGACAAAGACCAGGAUGGCCAUAUUGAGUUUGAGGAGCUUGUUUGCUGGCUUUGCGGCACGCCCUGCUUCACUAAGUAUUUCGAAGAGCUCGACUCUAUUUUGAGAGAAUACUCCGAAAAGAUCAAGCCAGUUGGAAGAGGCGAUGCGGUGAUCAAGAACGCCGAGUCCGUCAACCAAUGGCUAACGAAGGAGCUUGAGAGAAGAAUACGCCCCGUUGUGAAGCAAGUCUUUCACCAAGCCGACAAGGAUUCGAAUGGGAUCCUUUCCGAAGAGGAGAGUGUUCUCCUUUUCUCGAACUAUGCACACACCCUGGCCAAGCAUGCUGAUACCAUCAUCCAGAUUUCCAAGCCGACAUGGUUGGAAAAAGGCCAUUGGGACAGGCAGAGCUUCAAGAAGCUGGUCAUGCCGAACUUGCACCACAUCGUGACCGCACAGAUGUCGGACUACGAGAGCCACAUCGAUGACAGACAUCGGCAAGCCUUUAAUGUCAUUGAUAAGAACAAAGAUGGUCAUCUCAUCUUGGACGAGGUCGUGCAGUGCCUGACUCCGGGGACCUACCGGUACCGCGAGUUCCACAAGGCCCUUCAGCUUUACACCCCGGAGGGCUUCAAGGAAGCUUUCGAUGCAGUGAUCACGGCGAAGCCCAAGAGAUGCCCAAAAGCGCUCUCCGAGCGGCUCAUCCAGUUUCUGAUUGGCGGAGAGGUGUCGUUGCAGCUUCCUGUUUCUGUGCUCUUUCUGGCCCAAGUUUCUUCCACAUUGGUUUUGCUGCAGAGCCCCGUCAAGAGAAAAGCUUGCAGUGAGUUGGCCGACAUGGUGGAUGAGGUGGAACGGGGAUCGGAGGACCGUGCCGCCCUGCGGCGCCGAUCUCUGGACAAAGCUCUGCAGGUCUUCCAAAGCGCGGUGCGAGCUGGUGCGUC